GAGGCGGGGGCGUGCCCGCGAUGCGCGCUGCGCAAGGCUUCUUGUUGUUCCCGCAGAGAGGCGAGAAGAUGGCGGCCGUGUCAAGCGGAGGUGCUGCUGGGUCCGCUGCGGCCGGGAUUACGCACUCUUCCCGACCGACCCACGCAGGCAUGGGCAGCCAGAACCGAGCCCAGCCAUCCUCCGGGAUCAGCCACCCCAGUCGUACCGGCACGGCCACUGGGUGCAUCACCAAUCCUGGCCACACUUCGGCCACCAGGCCCCCCCCAGCCCGAGUGGGCCACUACGAAAUCGAGCGGACCAUCGGCAAGGGAAAUUUCGCGGUUGUUAAACUAGCCACACACAUCAUUACCAAAGCAAAGGUGGCUAUAAAAAUAGUGGAUAAGACCCAGCUGGACGAUGAGAACCUGAAAAAGAUCUUCAGAGAGGUGCAAAUCAUGAAGUUGCUGAAGCACCCCCACAUCAUCCGCCUCUUCCAGGUGAUGGAGACAGAGAGGAUGAUCUACCUGGUUACAGAAUACGCUAGCGGUGGAGAGAUAUUCGACCACCUGGUUGCUCAUGGGCGUAUGGCGGAAAAGGAUGCCAGGAAGAAGUUCAAGCAGAUUGUGGCAGCAGUCCAUUUCUGUCACUGCCGCAACAUCGUCCACAGAGACUUGAAGGCUGAGAAUCUGCUGCUGGACCACAACCUGAACAUCAAAAUCGCAGACUUUGGCUUCAGUAACCUGUUUUCUCGAGGCCAGCUGUUGAAGACAUGGUGUGGCAGCCCUCCCUACGCAGCACCAGAACUAUUUGAGGGCAAGGAGUAUGACGGACCCAAAGUAGAUAUAUGGAGCUUAGGUGUGGUGUUAUACGUGUUGGUGUGUGGUGCCCUACCUUUUGACGGCAGUACUCUACAGAAUUUGCGGGCACGUGUCUUAAGUGGCAAGUUCCGCAUCCCCUUCUUCAUGUCCACAGACUGUGAGUAUCUGAUCCGACACAUGUUGGUGCUGGAGCCCAGCAGACGGUUGACCAUGGAGCAGAUCUGUAAGAACAAGUGGAUGAGACAAGGAGACCCAGACCCAGACUUCGACAGGUUGAUAGCAGAGUGUGAGCAGGUUAAGACCGAGAGAGAGACGGAGCUCAUCAACGAACAGGUGCUGAUAGCCAUGUCUGAGAUGGGUCUGGACCGAGAGCGCACGCUUCAGUCCCUACAAACAGAUGCAUACGAUCACUACAGUGCCAUCUAUAGUCUGCUGGCUGACCGCCUCAAGAAACACAAGACCUUGCGUGUUGCUCCACCAACACCACGCUCCAUUAGCUAUCCCCUUAACGCUGUACAGACGGAUCCGCAGGGUAAUCCAGUUAGCAUGACCGUUCCCCAUGUCCAGCUCAUCAACCCUGAGAACCAGAUUGUUGAGCCGGAUGGCAGCAUGGCACUGGACAGUGAUGAAGGUGAGGAGCCAUCUCCUGAGGCCAUGGCUCGCUACCUUUCAAUGAGGCGGCACACUGUGGGGGUACCAGACCAAAGGACAGAGAUGCAGGAGGACCUCCAGAAACUGCCACCAGGUUUCCCUCGAGGCGCAGUGCCCCAGCCCCCCUUCCCUCCACUGGCCCCCACUAUGGGCCAAAUGCACACCCUCAUGCCCACACAGAGCCUGCAGCCCACACAGCAGCUGGAGUACAAGGAGCAGUCGUUGCUGCAGCCACCAACUCUGCAGCUACUCAACGGCAUGGGGCCUCUGGGUCGAAGAGCUUCCGAUGGGGGGGCUAACAUUCAGCUACACGCUCAGCUCCUCAAGAGGCCCCGGGGGCCCUCACCACUUGUCGCCAGUCCGCACCCUAUCCCUGCUGUAGCUCCGGUGGAUGAGGAGGGUUCAGACGGAGAACCAGACCAAGAGGCAGUACAGAGGUACCUGGCGAACCGCUCCAAGCGGCACACGACGCACGCGCUCAUGAGCACAUCGCAUGGCGAGCCCGCGGCAGAGUCACAGCGGCCCCAGGGCCCCCGCCAGAGGGGGGGCUGGGCCCCCGACAUACACACCCGAUCCAGUUAUAAAGACUGUAACACCCUUCAUCUCCCCAUGGAGCGCUUCUCACCUGUCAGACGAUUCUCCGACGGCGCCGCCACCAUCCAAGCCUUCAAGGCUCAUCUAGAGAACAGCAGCCUCAUUAAGCAACUCAAGCAGGAGUGUGAGCAGCUCCAGAAAAUGUAUGCUGCCCAGCAGGAUGAGCGACUCCUGGAGCACACCCAGCAACAGCAUAUCCUCUACCAGCAAGAGCAACAAAUCCUCCACCAGCAAAUCCAGGGUCUGUCUUUAGGCCAUGGAGAGAGCCAGCCCAGUCACCUAACCCACCAGCUCCAGAGGUUGCGUAUCCAGCCCUCCAGCCCUCCGCCAACACAUCCCAGCAACCAUCUCUUCAGACAGCCCAAUCAGAGCCCUCCGCCUGGCUCUGCAGGCAUAAUGCAAGGGCAUGGUCCGUCAUCAGUGCAGUACCAGCACGGUGCUCCAUCACUAUACCAGGGCCAGAGCGGCAGCCCACCUCCCACAGGCCUGCCUCGAAUGUCUCUACCACCCAAUCAGCAGGCAGCGUCUGCCCGCCCCACUGUCCCAUUGGCACCAGGUGUACCUCAACAACAGCAGGUGACCAUUCAGGUGCAGGAAGUGGAGCUGGGAGGUGGGGCACAGAGACCGGGCAGCUUUUUGUCCACGCCAUGUGGACACAGAGUCCUCGGGAAGCAGCUGAGCGCAGACAACGCCGAGACGCACAGUCGCAGCCUUGGCCGCUUCACAUCAGGCUAUGACCAGGCCCAGUUCAAUCCCCACCUCUUCUCCGGUGACGCCGCCUCCCGGGGCGCCUCCGGAGUGGUUGGCUCCUACAGCCCCUACCUGCAGGGAGCCUCCCUCAAAGUUCCCGGCCUGGAAGGUUACCAGAGCGGGGCGGUGGGGACCAGCAGCUAUGGCACCCCCUCUACACUACAACAGGCCUUGCUUUCCCCCACUCCUUUGGACUACCGCCCCCCACAACAGCACGUCACCCCCACCCUGCAGGGCCUCCUGUCCCCCCGCCACUCUUUAACAGGCCACGCUGACCCCAGGCUGCCGCCACAGGACCUGGCUGCCUUGCUGAAAAGGCAGAGUCCCCGGCCAGGCCCAGCGCCCCCCACACCACCCAGUGGUGCGCCCCAAGAGUAUGGAGAGAUGCUGCUUCUCCGCCAGCUAAGCCAGGGUGAGAGCUUAGAACCACAGGCACCGCAGGUUGCCUCAGGAGGCCAACACUACCACCACCUCCUCCAGAUCCGACCCCCGGAGGUGCAACCACAACAGCACCCGGCCCAGGCGCCGUGCCCCAGCUUGCCUCACUCAGAGAGCAUGGAGGAGGAUGAGGUGCCGGCCGGCUACCACCACACACAUGAGGGCCUGCUGGCCAAAGCAGGGGAAGGUCAUGAGCUCCUGGGGCCUCCCCGAGGAGGCACCCCACCCUACAGCUCCCCAACACACAGGCAUGGCUACAUAAGGAAUCCUCCCGCAUCUAGAGACUCUGAGCAUGUGGAGUGCAGACCCCCGGGACAGGCGAUGGAGGUGCCUGAUCAUAAUGGUGUGGGCUAUUCGCGAGGUCCCCAGGGUGACACCUACAGGUCCAGAGGACAGCUACAGCGCCACCACACCAUCCAGACCGCUGAUGAUGCCUAUGACCAGGCAGAUCCCAUGUCUGGGAUGAGCCUGUUGGCCGGUAAGGCGCUAAGCUCCGCUCGCAUGUCAGACAUUCUCAGCCAGACGUCACUGACAGGAAGCCAGCAGCUGCACCAGCGGGAAGAGUCAGUGUGUGAUGUUGAAGGGGAGCUCCAUGCGGCAGCCUGCUACCCCUCCUCCUGCACCAGUGACAUGCUCCUCAGCUAUAAGCCCCCUGACCUGCAGUACAGCAUGGAGCAGGCUGGGGUCUAGCACAGGUAUACAAGCAGCAAAGGGUUGGUAGAGGCGGUGUAUCCUGUGUACAGCGGUCCAUAUCAGCCAUCCUGAGUUGUGUUGACUUGAGUUGAGCAGCAUCACGCCAAACCACCGUCGUCUGCCCAAGCGGGGGUGCUCUACGUCCAUCUGUCUGUCUCCAUCGGUCCCUGGGAGGGCAGUCUGCGCGCGAUAGAGGGGGAGUGUGGGUGGGUGUAGACAUUAGAGUGGUGGGGGUCACAGGUGGGGCCUCGGGGUUCAAAGGUCAAAGUGCCAGCAUUUUCCUGCACAGACAUCCAGCAUUCAUUGCUGCGGGCUGUCUCUUCUUUUCACCUCCCAUUGUGGGUAGAUCGGGGUUCCCGCUCCUCCCUCUUUCAACUCGGCCCAUCCCCUCAACCCCCCUCUCCCCCUCCUCCCCCCCCCAACACCUCCUCCCCUGCAAACCUGGCCCAUCCACUUCCCACGCCCACCUGCUGCCCUGACCUAAACCUCCCCUUUCACCCUGUGUCUUCUUAUUAAAAGUUUGCAUACUUCAUUAUGUGCCUCAUUGGCCAACGGAACGAUACAGUCAUACACGCAAGAACAUGGAGUCCAACAACACAAAGAAACAUACACACUGCUGCCACAAACCCAAAGUAUUCACAUUAGGUGCGAGUGUGUGUGUGUGCGUGCGUGCGUGCGUGCGUGCGUGUGUGUGCGUGUGUGUGUGCGCAUGACUGAGAAGAAGGGGUGAGCAGAGGUUCAGUCCGCUCCUCCUCUAUUACCCCUCCUGCUGUUCCGCAGCAGAUCAUUCCGGAGCGGGCUGUAAUCUCAGCAGCGACGGCCCCUUUUUCGGCCGGGUGGCGGGCGUUUUGGGUCAGGAUCCAACUGGGCAACUAAACCGCUCUCUCCAAAGAUGGAGCUCAGUGACAUCGCACAGGACAAACCAGCUCUCUCAUUGUUUCUUUUUUUUUUUUUUUUUGUUAUAUUUCUUGUUCUGGCAUUCAUUUUAUUUUUUAUUUUCUUUUUAAAAUUCAUUUUUAUGGCUAAUGUCCAUUUAGGCAUUACAGUCAAUAUUGUUACUCUUAUUGUUAUUACUGUUUUCUGUAAAAGAUGGUUUAUUAUAAUGAAUAUUAUUAUUAUUAUUAUUAUUAUUAAAGGAAAAACAAUUCUGUGUUGCAAGGAAGACAACAUUGUUUAUUUGAUUACAUAAGUAAUUCUGCACUUUCGGUUCAAGCUAUCCUCUCUGUCUGUUUCCACCCCUCCUCUCCUCUCUCGUCUCCUCGCUCUCUGUCAUGCUGUUACCCUGCUUUUUGACUCCACCCUCCCCCACCCCACCCCCCCCAACCCUACCUUUCCCCACCUUAUGUUACCCCUUUUUUCCCUCCAUCCUUCUUCCUCCUCUCCCAUGUCAGUGACAGUGUAUUGCAUUGUGGGUAGUUUUACCAGACAUUUGCUCCUUUCCUUGUACAGUGAUGCCAUGUAUAGAACGCUAUUGCAAUUUCUGUA